AUGUCUUUUUGGCCGUUCGGGCAGAACGAAAACUCCAACAUCAACCGGAUCCUAGAUGAUUAUUUCCAGGUGCUUCACUCGCUCGAAAAGCGUGAUGAGCUGCGCGGCGAACAUCGGCUGGCGGACGACACUGUUUCUCAGGAUGAAAUUUCAGCAACUGACGCAGACGAUACCAUUGCCAUCCCACAGCAUUCAGAGGACGACUGUAGUUUUGUAGGGUCAUACGGAUCCAGGUCACGCUCGAGUCGUGCGCCUAGCCUGGCGCAACUCAGCUGUAGCUACAUUGAUAAUAUUCUGGAAGAAUCGGAACUUUUGAACGAGCUCAAUCGUCAAAACAACACGCUGCUGGACUUCCUGUGCUUUGGAUACUUCUUUACGCCCGACCAUAUCAAAGUUCACAAUAUAGAAUAUUUGAUCGAUCAGCUCAUCGUGUGCGUUCAGAAGAUUCAGGAGAGCAAUCCAGGCAGCCGCAAUGGAAGCCAAACACAAGAUGACAGUAGUGAGAGUCUCAAUAAUGAAGAUGACGGUAAGAAUGACAAGAGCAGCUACGACAACGUUGGUCCCGAAGGUGAUGACGAGGAUACUAUAACUGCGGCGAAGUCCCCACCAUCGCCGCUCAAUAAGGCCACUAUAAUAUCUGAAAUUUUCGCCCUUGACAUAUGGCUUAUUUCAGAGUCUCUGGUAAUGAAUACCGGUUAUUUGAACAAGAUUUGGGCUAUUAUGUACCAGCCAAACUUUGCAUCUGAAAAAUCCACUUUGAUCCCUAUUUUUCUUAAAAUCAACCAAAACUUGCUGAUGACACGACAGGAUCAAUAUUUGAACUUCGUUCGUUCCAAAAACUCGCUAGUGGAUGACUUGCUCAAGUAUAUCGAUGUCUCUGUGAUGAUGGAUUUUCUGCUUAAAAUUAUCUCCACGGAUAAGCAAGAGUCACCAUCUGGAAUUAUAGAAUUAGUGCGGGAGCAGGACCUGAUCAACAAACUUCUUGGUUAUUUUGAUAACAAAAAGUAUGCGCCUGAUAUUCAGGCAUGCUCAGCUGAUCUUCUAAAAGCUCUAAUAACGAUAUCGGCCAACGCACCUUUGGACGACAUGUCAAUUGGCCCCAAUUCGCUGACAAGGCAGCUAGCUUCCGAAGAGUGCAUGUCUUUUUUACUUGAUACGAUUGUCAAUAAGAGGGGAAAUGCCCUGAUUAAUGCCGUGUCCAUUGUGAUAGAAUUGAUACGAAAAAACAACUCUGAUUACGAUCAAGUCAACCUACUUUCAACCACCUUAGAAGCGAAUCCGCCUUCUAUGAGAGAUCCAAUUUAUCUAGGAACUAUGUUGAAGCUUUUCACCCAAAGGCUGCCUUCCAUUUUCCAGAUCAUGUAUGAUAUCGAAGGUGAGCACGAACCCAAAACUCUAGAAAAUCAGCUUGGAGAGAAAUUCAAACCUCUCGGAUUUGAAAGAUUCAAAGUAGUUGAGUUGAUUGCUGAACUUCUUCACUGCUCAAACAUGGGCCUUAUGAAUUCAAAAAGGGCAGAGCGAAUCGUGAUGGAACGGACUAAAGCUCGAGCAACCAUGACCAUCCAACUACAAGAUGCAUUGGUCGACCUUGACCUUGAAGAUGAAGGCAAUGAUACAGGGAUUGUGGCGGUUGAUGACGGGGUGAUUGAAGAAGAUGUUGAUGAAUCUUUCGAUAUUCCUUACGUCAACGCUAAACAAAACACAAAGCUUAGAGAGAAUCCCACGAUUGGGGACUCUUUCAAGAUAAAAGUAUAUGACAGCCAGAUACUGCCGAAGAUUGCUCAGUUGUUUUUGAGUUAUCCAUGGAACAAUUUUUGGCAUAAUGUCGUAUUCGACAUUAUUCAGCAGAUCUUUAAUGGGAGGAUGGAUUUUUCAUACAAUUCUUUUCUGGUUUACUCCCUAUUCAAUAAUGAAUUGGCGGGCGAAUAUAUGGAUCGCGAAUCGCAGGCUGCCGUACCCAACUUUCAUGUAACAGACAACCUCAUACUGGAAGGCUACAGAAAGUCUUACGCAUUUUAUGAACAGCAUAAUACAGCGCUGGGAUUUAUGGGGCACCUGGUUUUAAUUGCGGAAGAGAUUGUCAAGUUUUCAAAGGUCUAUAAGGUAGAACUUAUAUCCCCCGACAUACAGACCGUGCUCCAGAGUAAAGACUGGGAGUUUUAUGCCGACGAUGUCCUCAACGACACAAGAAUCAUGUACUCCAAAAUCUUAGGGGGUAAUGAUUAUUUAGAAGACAGCAGCAACUAUGAGGGCGGUGACGACAGUGCUGAUGACGAAACUAAUGCAAAACCAGACACCCAUUCUGGGGGAAAUUUGAUCAAUUUUAGCGAAAUCAACCAGGAGCAAGUUUCUUCGCUUGCCAAUUUCUCUACUCAAAGCGAUUUGCAUACUAAGCUGAGAAAAAAGUUGAUAGAUCGAGCGCAGGAAGCAGUAGAUCGUCAAAAUGAUGAAAAUGGGGUAAUAAUCUUAGGAAUGGCACCUGACACCAUACCUGAUGACGCCCCGAAGCGCAAUGACUAA